AUGGAUUCAUCAAAUGAAGAACUAGAAGACGCAACAGUCACUUCGCAGAACACUACUCAUACACAUCAUGGAUCAUGCACAGUCUGUGCGAAGGCCAAGAGCAAAUGCAUCAGGCGCCCAGGAAACGGCGAUUGCGAGAGAUGUAUACGAUUACACAAGACCUGCCAGAUUCGGGAGCCAGUGAAGCGCAAACGACAGGCAAGAAAAACCACACGAUCUGCUCAAUUGCAAAAUCUCGAAACAAAGCUCGCAGAUAUAGCCCAGGCUUUGGCCGGUAAACAAGCACAAGAGAUGUCGGCAGGAUCGAAUUUGCGGAGUCCUAUAUCACAGCAAAUGAACGGACUAUAUCAGGAGACCGAUGAUAUAUAUCCAACACCGCUGGUCAUAACUCCAGAUACUACAAGAUCUAACGACUUUUUGGCCUCUGCUCACGACCCACCACUUGAGACAAUCCAUUUCGAACACGUACCAACAGGAAUGAAUGUGACGGAUGCCGACGUCUUGCUCGAUCGCUACCGGAGGCUUAUGGCGCCUCACAUGCCUUUUAUGGUGAUUCCGAGUGGCAUCAAUGCUUCCAACUUGGCCGGUAGCAAGCCAUUUCUCUUAAAGGCUAUCGAGACGGUAGCUUACUUUCAUGACACGGCAAUUCAACAGCCCAUGGUGAAGGAUCUCAUGCGACAAGUCUCCGAGAGGAUGUUGAUCAAAGGCGAGAAGUCGCUAGAUCUGCUUCAGGGCAUGUUAGUGUUCGGCAAUUGGUAUAACCCACAUUUAUUCGCACCACCAAGCCACACAGUACUCCUGCAUCUUACCAUGGCGCUCACCCACGAUCUGGAUAUCGACCGUGCACCAGGAUUCUGCGAAAAGGUGGCUUUGAUGGCAGCCUCACAGGCGCAUGGCGUACCACAACCGGCGAAAGUCGUAACAAAUGACGAGCGACGUGCAGUGCUUGGAACAUUCUAUCUAACUUCACAGAUUCUCACAUCGUUUCGGAAAGUCGACACUCUACACUGGUCUCCUUGGCUUACAAAGUGUUCUGAAGCACUGACGCAAGCUAAAGAAUAUGAGAGCGACAUUUUACUUGUACAAUUAGCUCAGAGCCAGCGCAUCAUGCAGGAAGCCAUGGGCACAGAAUGUGAUCAUGCGCCAGUGAGCUUUUACGCCAAGUCGUUCCUCAGCGAUGUCGAUGACAUUGAGCUAGCAUCCGCGAAUGGAAUGUCAGCGAUAGUGCUGCGUUUGCAGCAAGCUUGUACCCGGACUGCUAUCUGGGAACGCUCAUUUGGGAACUUAGCCAAUCAUACAGUCAAAGAGAAGGACCUACGGCAGAGAUUAGACGGCAUGUGGCACUGCAUGGACGCUGCGAAAAGGUACACAGAUAUAUACCUGGAGUUGCCUGUCGAACACUAUCCUCUCGUUCCUUUCGGCGUUUUCGCCCAGUUUGCGUACAUCUUCGUCGUGCUUGUCCGCGCGAGUUUGAUCGAGAUGAACGGCUGGGAUGUAGAAGCUCUGAGAUCGUUUAUUGACUUCUCGUCGUUUUUGGAAAAGGCCUCGCAACGCUACGAUGCUGUGUCGGCAUCUCGUCCUGAUGGUCUGGUCCUGAACAAUGAGGCGUUUGCGAAGUGGUCUGCUAAGACAAAGUGGGCGAAGUCAUUCUACGAUACCAAGUUCUUGCCUGUUGAUCCGAAUGCACCGACCGUCAAUCAGCCUCCGCCUGGGUGUACAACUAUUGAAGCGGACGAAACUCAGGAGUCGCGUAGAGCUCUUCCAACGCCACUGCAAGUUCCAGCAGAAUUCUCAACAGAUACUUUCGCUUUUGAGGAUUCGAUGUGGGAUAGUCUCGACAAUCCGGCAAUCUUCUUAGGAGACAUUGAUUCCGCGUUUGCCGACAUACCAUGA